CCAAUUUGGGAAGAAAAUAACAAACUAAUACAAUGAGAAAGCCAGAGAUUUGUAGUACUAAAAACAACAUCAAUAUUAAUAAGAAGAAGCUUAGAAAAGGUUUGUGGUCACCAGAAGAAGAUGAGAAACUUAUGAACUAUAUGGUUAGGAAUGGACAAGGAUGUUGGAGUGAUGUGGCAAGAAAUGCUGGAUUGGAAAGAUGUGGCAAAAGUUGUAGGCUAAGAUGGAUCAAUUACUUGAGGCCUGAUCUUAAAAGAGGUGCUUUCUCAACACAAGAAGAAGAACUCAUCAUCCAUUUCCAUUCUCUACUUGGAAACAGAUGGUCUCAAAUAGCAGCACGAUUACCGGGAAGAACCGACAAUGAAAUAAAAAACUUUUGGAAUUCAACUAUAAAGAAAAGACUUAAGAACUUGUCUUCUUCAACCUCACCAAAUCCAAGUGAUGAGUCCUCACCUGAACCUAACAAAGAUUUCAAUAUACAACAAGGGUCCUAUAUUUCUAUACAACAUGCAAAUUACAACAGCUACAUGAGUAUGCCUAUGUUCACUUCAUCAUCAACAUCUCCAUCACCAUCAAUAUUGCAAAACACAAUUUUCAAUACCAUGAAUAUUGACACGUUGCCUGUGAUGGAUCAUAGUGGAUACUUCAACAAUACAGUUACUACAAUGCCAUGCUUUUCGUCACAAAAUCACGAAGUUGAAAUUAAAGGUUCUUAUUUAGAAAAUGGUGUGUUUGGGAGUGUAAAUAUUGGAGUAGAAGGGGAUAUGGAGAAUAAGUGCAACAUAGAAACUAACCCUAACCAUUCUGAUUAUUAUUUUGAUGACAUAAAGAUAAACAAUAUGCUUAGUAACUGCAAUAUUAUUGAAAGCAAUAAUAAUAAAAUUGAAAGUAGGGGUGAAGUAGUGGAGAAUUUAUUUCAAGAACAAUUCAACUUGGGAGAAUGGGAUUUUGAGGAGUUGAUGAAAGAUGUUUCCUCCUUUUUAUUUUCUUGAUUUUUCAUUCUGAUCCAAUAAUAUUUGUGUUCCUACGGCUAUAUCAUUUUUUUCCCUCAAUUUCUCCUAAUUGGGGUCCCAUUUUUUAGUCAAACCUUCAGAAUUUAUAUAUGAACCUUGAUUGGUAGACUUGGUGGUUUCAUUACAAUACCUUUGUUGUUAUACGAAAGGAGUAUAUAAGUUUACAAAUUAACAAUAAACAGGUAGGUCUGAAAUAAAAGUCAAACAUAUAUACAUGAUCGUGUAAGUAGUCUUGCAAGUUAAUUUUUGUACCUGGAAACCAUUGUAGUUAAUUACAAUAUUAAUCUUCCUUCCUA